AUGCGGUUCUGUCACUCAACACUCCCCUGGCUGGUCCUCCUGGCUACCGAGAGCCUACUACCUCUCCAGAGCUCUGCAUACCCCUUGAACUCUAGCUCCAAUCCGAUCGUGACCCUUUCCAAUGGCUCCAAGAGCAGUACAACCUUGAUAGGCCGAUCACUCCCCGAGUUUGAUCAGGAGCUGUUCCUCGGAAUCAAGUAUGCAGACAAGCCGGUCAGAUUCACACCCUCGUCUUUGAAAACAGCAUACGCUUCUAAUGAUAGCGAUUCGGGGCCUGUUCGCCAUUCUUCUGCCUCUGCACGGGGCAAUGUGCUCUACAAUGCCUCGCAGUACGGCUAUGACUGUCCUGGAUAUGGGUCUGACACGACGACGCUCCUGGCAGCCGGUUUGAUUGAGUUGAAUGAGGAUUGUUUGAAUUUGAAUGUCAUUCGGCCGAGGAGGGAUGAAGAUGACGAUUUGCUGCCAGUUUUGGUGUGGAUAUUUGGUGGUGGAUGGCAGCAGGGUGCUACGGCUGAUCCGAGAUACAACAUGACGUAUAUAACCCGGCAAGCGGCACUGAGCGGUAAGCCUAUACUAGGCGUCUCAAUCAACUAUCGUCUUGCUGCGUUUGGGUUUCUGGACUCGGAGGAGGUUAGGGCCUCUGGAAAUAACAAUCUAGGGCUUCUCGACCAACGGGUUGCCAUGCGUUGGAUCAAGAACAAUAUCGAGGCUUUUGGAGGCGAUCCUGAUAGAAUAACGAUUUGGGGCGAGUCAGCGGGCGCAUAUAGCGUAGGCGCGCACCUCGUCGCCAAUGAUGGUGACAACGAGGGUCUAUUCAGAGCAGCAAUUAUGGAAUCCGGCAAUGCAGUCGGGCCUCCAUGGAACGGCACAGACUGGCAUCAGCCGAUGUACGACCGGAUCGUGGAUGCAGCAGGAUGCUCAAGCUCAUCAGACACACUGCAAUGCCUCCGAGAGGUCCCUUUUGACACCCUCUACGCAGUUGCAUUUGAAAAUCUAGAAUGGUUUGCCGCAGUCGACGGCACAUUUAUUAAAGAAUAUCCGCAAAUUAGUACGGUGAAAGGACGUAUCGCGAAUGUCCCUAUCCUCCUCGGGUCGAAUACAGACGAGGGAGUCAGUUUCGGGACCACGGGUGUUGACACGGACGAGGAAUGUGUUGCGCAACUUAUUUCAUCGAAACGAUGGGUCCUAACAACCGAGCAAGCAAGUGAAUUGAUAACAUACUACCCAGACGACCCGAUCGGAUCUCCUUAUGGCUGGGGCAACGUCACAUGGCCUGAAAAGGGGCUGAUGUAUAAGCGGUACUCGUCCAUGGCUGGCGAUAUAACAAUGGCCGCGCCGCGUCGUCUCCUGGCGGAAACCAUGUCGAAAUAUGAGAAGUCCGUGUAUUCGUACCGCUGGGACGUUGCGGCUCUGAACCAGUCUAGUAACAUCGGGGUGAAUCAUUUUGCAGAGAUCCCCUUCGUCUUCGCAAACCCUGUCCAGGAUAUCACGCCGCUUGGAGAUGAUCCUGCGCGCCUUGAACUUGCGAAUUUAGCUGCGCGUAUGUGGGCAUCAUUCGUGACGGACCUAGAUCCGAACGGACAUGGUUUAUCCGAUAUCCCACAGUGGCCUGAGUACUCGGCCUCGAGCGACCCUUCAAACUUCGUCUUCCGUCUUCCCAGAGACGACAGCUACGUUGAGAAGGAUGAUUACCGGGUUGAGGGGAUUGCAUAUCUCAAUACGAUUCCGCGGUAA